AUGAACCACCCCUCUCCGCGGAAACACCUGGUCGAUCGGGACAUAUACUUAUCCCGAAACGACUGGGGACUGUCCCCCGACAAACUGGGUAGAUCGGUCAUGACGGACUUUGGGCUUGCCGUACGUGGUGACGGCCUCCCGAACAGUCAUCCCAUCCAGCCGGAGGGGUAUCGGGCCCCAGAAAUCUGGGAUCUGUUCUAUGGCCGCGGGCCCUUCGAUACACCACCGAACGCGCGCGAAUCGGGCUCCGCAAACGAAGCCCAUCUGGGCCAGAUCAUAUCCCUUUUGGGGCCCCCUCCACCUGAUCUUCUCAGCUGGGGCAAAGAAACAUCUCGAUAUUUUGAUGCAAAAGGUAUGCUCGCUCGAACCUACUUUGGCGUCACUCAGUUCACAGACUUGAUAGGGCGAUUUAAAUUUCCCGAGCUCAUUGGGGAAAAGGAUCUGGUCUCUAUGGCCAAGGAAAUCGACAAUGACGACGAAAUACCCCAGUUUGUAGACUUUAUUUCUAGAAUGUUGCGUUGGAGGCCCGAUGACCGGACCACGGCGGAGGACCUACUUUCCCAUCCAUGGCUUCCGCAAAUGAAGUCAGUGAAUGGUUGA